AUGUCUCACGUUGUCUGCUUCACUGUGAUAACUAUGUUUCUUGGUAUGAUCUUGUGCUGUUCGGGAGGGAAGGAUGAGCACACGAAGACCAUUGAACGCGAUUUGCACAAUGAAAGAAAAGUUCUUAGGAGACAAGUGAAAAUCCUUUUGCUUGGAUCUGGAGAAUCAGGCAAAUCGACAUUUAUCAAGCAAAUGAACAUCAUUCAUGGUGCAGGCGAAUUUACUGCGGAUGAAGUACGCGCCUAUCGACAACAAAUCUAUCAGGUAGUGUACCAGGAACUUUCUCAAAAGCUUGAAAUUGUUUAUGUAAAAGCAUUCGUUUGCGUGAUUAUUUCGAACACCGUAAAAAUUCUCCCUUUUGCAAAUAAUCUCGGAAUUAGGGUGCGAUCGCUAAAAACUGGCACUAUGGAACAUGGCUUUGCAGUAUUUCUUCAAUUAAGUUUGGAUGCUAAUAGUCUAUUUUACAAAACUCGGUAGCU